AUGGAAAUUUUUUGGAAGACGCUGACUUGGAUACUGAGCCUGGUCUUGGCCGCUGCUGAAUCUCAGAUCUUUUCAUACAACUCUCAAGCGCAAUUCCUGUCCAUGCUGGAGCACUACCAGCUAACAGUACCAGUGCAGGUGAACGAGAAGGGCCAGUUCAUGAGUUACACUGUGAAGCAUCAUAGACCCGGUCGGCGGCGACGUGGACUGGACCACACUGAGCCGGACCACACAGAGACCAGGCUUUUCUACAAACUAUCAGCCUACGGGAAGCACUUUCACCUGAAUCUAACGCUGAACCCCAACCUGGUUUCAAAACAUUUCACUGUAGAGUACUGGGGCAAAGACGGACUGGACAGGCAGCAUUCUGUGGUGGAUAACUGCCACUAUGUUGGAUACCUACUGGAUCAAUAUAGCACUACAAAAGUGGCAUUGAGCAACUGCAAAGGCUUGAAUGGUGUCAUUACCACAGAAGAAGAACAAUAUUUAAUUGAGCCAUUACACAAUUUAACCAGAAAUUUCAGUGAUGUCGACCACGAAGAAGGACAGCCACAUGUUAUUUAUAAAAAGUCUUCCAUUCCUUCUCCACAAGAGCACAGCGAGGAGUUCAGCUGUGGUGUUUCAGACCUCACAAUAAACAGGACACCCCACUACCAAACCAUUCCUGCUGCAGACUCAUUUUACCUAGCCCCGGGUGGUGACAGCUCGACAGGUGCCCAACGACAGCGACGUUCUGUCAGCUCAGAACGCUUCGUGGAGACCCUGGUGGUGGCCGACAAAAUGAUGGUUGGCUACCAUGGUCGCAAAGACAUCGAGCACUACAUCCUGUCCGUAAUGAAUAUUGUUGCCAAACUUUACCGUGAUGCCAGUCUAGGAAACGUUGUGAACAUAAUUGUAACCAGACUGAUUAUUCUGACCGAAGAUCAGCCCAACCUGGAGAUAAACCACCAUGCAGACAAAUCUCUGGACAGCUUCUGUAAAUGGCAGAAAUCCAUUCUUUCUCAUCAGGGAGACGGAAACAGUAUCCCAGAGAAUGGGAUAGCCCAUCAUGACAACGCUGUUCUUAUCACAAGGUAUGACAUCUGCACAUAUAAGAACAAACCCUGUGGGACCCUUGGUUUGGCAUCUGUAGCUGGAAUGUGUGAGCCGGAGAGAAGCUGUAGUAUUAAUGAAGAUAUAGGCCUGGGCUCAGCCUUUACUAUUGCACAUGAGAUCGGACAUAAUUUCGGCAUGAACCACGAUGGCAUCGGGAACUCCUGCGGAACCAAAGGUCACGAGACAGCCAAGCUGAUGGCAGCCCAUAUCACGGCGAACACCAACCCCUUCUCCUGGUCAGCCUGCAGCAAGGACUACAUCACCAGCUUUCUGGACUCAGGUCGGGGAACAUGUCUGGACAAUGAGCCUCUGAAACGAGACUUCCUGUACCCCACGGUGGCUCCAGGGCAGGUGUACGAUGCAGAUGAGCAGUGUCGUUUCCAGUAUGGUGCCUCCUCCCGGCAGUGCAAGUAUGGGGAAGUGUGUAGAGAGCUCUGGUGCCUUAGCAAAAGUAAUCGCUGUGUCACCAACAGUAUCCCAGCCGCAGAAGGAACCCUGUGUCAAACCAGCAGCAUUGAAAAAGGGUGGUGUUAUCAGGGUGAGUGUGUGGCAUUUGGGACCUGGCCACAAAGUGUUGACGGAAGCUGGGGACCUUGGACCUCUUGGGGCGAGUGCAGUCGGACCUGCGGUGGUGGCGUCUCCUCAUCCAUGCGACAUUGUGACAGCCCAGCGCCGACAGGCGGAGGGAAGUACUGUCUCGGAGAGAGGAAACGCUACAGAUCGUGCAACACUGAUCCUUGUCCAGCGGGAUCACGUGACUUCAGGGAGAAGCAGUGCGCCGAUUUUGACAACAUGCCAUUCCGUGGGAAGUACUACAACUGGAAACCAUACACUGGAGGUGGAGUGAAGCCCUGCGCUCUGAACUGUCUCGCCGAGGGUUACAACUUCUACACCGAACGUUCUCCCGCUGUGAUCGACGGCACACGCUGCCAGGCAGACUCUCUCGACAUAUGCAUCAACGGAGAGUGCAAACAUGUUGGCUGUGAUAACAUCCUGGGAUCGGAUGCAAUGGAGGACAGAUGCCGGGUGUGCGGAGGUGAUGGGAGCACGUGUGAGGUCACAGAGGGCUUAUUCAACGACUCACUGCCUAGAGGAGGUUACAUGGAGGUCAUCCAGAUCCCAAAGGGAUCCGUUCAUAUUGAAAUCAGGGAAGUGACUGUGUCAAAGAACUACAUCGCUUUGAAAUCAGAGGGAGAUGACUAUUACAUCAACGGAGCCUGGACUAUUGACUGGCCCCGCAAAUUUGACAUAGCAGGAACAGCGUUUCACUACAAGAGGCCGACGGAUGAGCCCGAGUCGCUAGAGGCUCUUGGAGCCACAACAGAAAUUUUGUUAGUUAUGGUGCUACUACAGGAACAGAAUCUGGGCAUCCACUACAAGUUCAAUGUGCCCAUCCAGCGCACUGGAAGUGGAGACAAUGAAGUGGGCUUCUCCUGGCACCAUCUUCCCUGGUCUGAGUGCUCGGCUACAUGUGCGGGAGGCUCGCAGAAGCAGGAGGUGGUUUGUAAAAGGCUGGAUGAUAAUUCGGUGGUCCAAAACAGCUACUGCGACCCAGACAGCAAACCACCUGAGAAUCAACGACCCUGCAACACAGAACCAUGUCCUCCUGAGUGGUUUAUUGGUGGCUGGUCAGAAUGUGGAAAAACCUGUGAUGGAGGCAUCCGUACACGCACUGUUUUGUGUAUACGGAAAAUCGGACCAGCUGAGGAGGAGACUCUGGAGGACAACCACUGUCUGACCCAUCGACCAAUAGAACAAGAGUCUUGUAAUAACCAGUCCUGUCCACCUCAGUGGGUCACUCUGGAUUGGUCUGAGUGUACGCCAAAGUGUGGACCUGGCUUCAAACACCGCAUCGUUCUGUGUAAAAGUAGCGACCUGACCAAAACCUUUCCACCUGUCCUUUGUUCUGACCACAACAAACCUCCAGUCCGUAUUCGCUGCAGCCUUGGUCGCUGUCCGCCCCCACGCUGGAUCCCUGGAGAAUGGGGACAGUGCUCUGCACAGUGUGGACUGGGACAACAGAUGCGGACAGUUCAGUGUCUGUCGUAUACCGGACAGCCCUCCAACGAGUGCCCUGAUUCACUGCGACCCAAUACCAUGCAGCAGUGUGAAAGCAAGUGUGACGCUACACCCAUCUCAGGUGGUGACGAGUGCAAAGACGUAAACAAGGUGGCAUAUUGCCCAUUGGUGCUGAAGUUCAAGUUCUGCAACCGCGCGUACUUCAGGCAGAUGUGCUGCAAGACGUGCCAAGGACACUGACCCUGAGGAGUGAAGCAGUGACAGAUGCCGAAAAAAAGGAAGGAGAGAGAACCGGGCAGAGAGAAAAGCAAAACCAACAAUGUUGGAGUCAGCACUGGGCACUCUCUCUUUCUCUUGCUCUUUCCACUCAUACACAUACAUCAAAAUACAACUGCUUUUGUACCCCUGUGGAACCCUAACCACUACUCAGCACUGCGCUGACACCUUUGUUUUAUUUUCACUUCUGUGAAGUGGGAAUGUAUAAAAUAAUCAUUAUUGUUGUUAUUUUUAUAAUAAUAAUAACAAUUGCUAUCGGUUAUUAUUAUUAUUAUCAAUGUCUUUCUGUUGUCAUAAUCCAAAGUGCUGGACACAUCAUUCGCAGAGGUAGCAAGGCAGAGAUUUACUUCAAGGCACCCAUGUACAGAGGAGCUGAUUGGUUUUUCCCUGGGUCUCACGUACACACUCCUCCCACAGACCUGUUGGCAACACUGCAUUAGGGGGCGUUCACACCGACAGUGACUUAGAGCAAAAAAGCAGCCAGAAGUCAUUGGUUUUCAAUGCGAGUCAGCAAUUUGGGGCAACUGAGACACAACAAAGUUGGUAGAACGCCAAAGUUGAGCACAGUUGCUUUGGCAACAACUACCAAUGGGAUGUAGACAGUUAUGUGAUCUGCUGCUUCAUACACUUCCUCAGCUGACAUCCUUCCUUCAAAUAUUCAAUAACACAUUGUGUCAUGUAUAAUUGGACUGACGAAGAGGAAGAAUGUAUGUUGACUACGCAAAAACCCACUGUAGCUUAAUUAUAACUGUGCAUGUAAAUGUAGUGUGUGAACGCCCCUUUAGUGUGUAAAUAUUGGCAAAAUUUUUUACCCAAAUUAUUCUUUUCACCCAAUAAAGCAAAUAAUAAGUAUGAAAUAUAUACGCUUACGAUUUCAAACAGUAUACAGGGGCAAGAAAAAGUAUGUGAACUCUUUUGAAUUAGCUGGUUUUCUGCAUUAAUUUUCUGCAUCUUCAUCAAAGUACACAAGUAUAGACAGAGCACAAUGUGCUUAAGCUAACAACACACAAACAAUUAUAAUCUUUCAUGUCUUUAUUGAACAUAUCUCAUUAAACAUUCACAGCGCUGUGCUGUGGAAAAAGUAAGUGAACCCUUGGAUUUAAUAACUGGUCGAUCCUCCUUUGGCAGAAUUAACCUCAACCAAGUGUUUCCGCUAGCUGCGGAUUAGACCUGCACAAUGUUCAGAAGGAAUUUUGGACCAUUCUUCCUUACAGAACUGCUUCAGCUCAGCCAAAUUCUGAGGAUGUCUGCUGUGAACGGCUCUCUUGAGGUCAUUCCACAGCAUCUCUAUUGGGUUAAGGUCUGGACUCUGACUGGGCCACUCCAAAAGGUGGAUUUUCUUUUUUUGAAGCCAUUCUGCAAUGAAUUUACUUUGAUGUUUAGGUUCAUUGUCCUGCUGCAUCACUCAACUCCUACUGAGCUUCAGCUGCCACACAGCAACACUGACAUUAUCCUGUAGGAUAUCUUGAUAAACAAAGAUGUUAACCAGUUCCAAUGAUUCCUUCAUGUCUUUAGCUGUCACUCUAGUGUUCUUUUUUACCUCAUUGAGCAUUCUUUGAUAUGCCCUUUAAGUCAUAUUGGUUGGACGGCCACUUCUAGGGAGAGUAGCCACAGUACUAAAUCAUCUCCAUUUAUAGACUAUUUGUCUAUCUGUGGAAAGAUGAAUAUCUAAGCUCUUCAAAAUAACUUUGUAGCCCUUUCCAGCAUCAUGCAAUGCAACAAUUCUUGAUCGUAGGUGUUCUGAGAUCUCUUUUUUCCGAGGCACGGUCCACAUUAGCAGAUGCUUCUUGUGAAUAGCAAACUCAAAAUGUUUGCAUGCUUUUUAUAAGUUAAAGUAGCUCUAACACAUACCUCCAAUCACGUUUCAUUAACUGGAUGCCAGGUUUGCCAACUCCUGACUCUAGCUUUUUUUGUUGUCUUUAGCCUAGGGGUUCACUUACAUUUUCCAUAGAACUGUGAAUGUUUAAUGGGAUGUGUUCAAUAAAUAAAUGA